UGGUGCGGUUCUGUCCCUGUCGCUGUCCCGUUCUCGGUCCCUGUCCCCUUCUUGGUCCCGGUCCCGGUCCUGCGCCGCAGCGGCCCGGGAUGGCGGCAGAGGCUGGCGGCGCCGCGGGGAAGCGGCGGAUCAUGUGCGUGGGGCUGGUGUGCCUGGACAUCAUCAGCGUCGUGGAGGCUUUCCCAGCCGAGGACUCCGACACCAGGUGCCUGUCACAGCGGUGGCAGCGGGGCGGGAACGCCUCCAACUCCUGCACGGUGCUGUCGCUGCUGGGAGCCCCCUGCUCCUUCAUGGGCUCGCUGGCCCCCGGCCCCGCCGCCGACUUCAUCGCGGCGGAUUUCCAGCGCCGGGGUGUGGACACGGCGCACGUGGCCUGGUAUCCCCGCGGAGACGUUCCCUGCGCCUGCUGCCUCGUCAACGCCACCAGCGGCUCCCGCACCAUCGUCCUGCACGACACCAACCUGCCCGACGUGACAGCCCGCCACUUCGAGCGGGUCGACCUUUCCCAGUACAAGUGGAUCCACUUCGAGGCCCGGAACGCGGUGGAGCAGGGCGCGAUGCUGGAGAGGGUGGAGCGGCACAACCGGGCAGCGGCGCCGGAGCGGCGGGUCCGGAUCUCGGUGGAGCUGGAGAAGCCGCGGGAGGAGCUGCUGCCGCUGAUGGGGCGGGGAGACGUGGUGUUCAUCAGCAAGGACCUGGCCCAGCACUUCGGGUACCAGUCAGCCCCCGAGGCCGUGAAGGGGCUGCGGGGGCGCAUCCAGCCAGGGGCCACGCUGAUCUGCGCUUGGGCCGAGCAGGGGGCUGAUGCCAUGGGGCCCGAUGGGGAGCUGCUGCACUCGGACGCCUUCCCCCCAGAGACCCUCGUGGACACACUGGGGGCCGGGGACACCUUCAAUGCCGCCGUCAUCUUCGCGCUCGCAGAAGGGAGGACCCUGCAGGACGCCCUCACCUUCGGCUGCCGGAUCGCGGGCAGGAAAUGUGGGAUCCAGGGCUUUGAUGGCAUUGUCUGAGCUUGUGCCUGGAGACCUCUGCACCCACAGCACACCACAUCUCCACUGCACCCAGCAUCGCCCCAGUAAAACCCCUCAUGCGCCACUGCUGCCUCCUGCGUCCCCUGGCCGUGCCCCCCCUUGCCCUGGCUGGGGUCCCACUGCCCCUGGGACGCACUGACCACAGCCAAAGUCGCCAGCCGUGUCUCUCUUUCUCCAUCUGAUGCAUUUCUAGAGGACACCACAUGACCCCAGCCCUCCUUGGGGCCAGCAGCCUGGCCACUGGGCAUCCCCCUUCCACUCUGUGCCCGGAGCAGGGCAGGGAGCAGCCAGGGCAUUGCACCCCACAGCCCCCCCGCCUACCCCUCCUCAUGGUCCCUCCAGGCUGGGGCUGCCUGCUCCUCC